CGCAUAAAUCCAACAAAUCUAAAGCGUUAAUUUCUCGUUAGGGAUCGCCUGCGAUGUCUACGAGAAUUCACGGAAGGUCCACAUUCAUUUCUCGCGUGAUCCGAGGAGCAGAUAUCCCGGAAGCGAAUUCGUACGAGAUUCGAGCGCGCUUCUCCGUGCCGAAGGGCUCGCCCUAGGAUUACACCGUAACCGCCGUUGCACGCGCGCGGCAGGUAAACAAGGCUGGGCCGGCCAGACUGGGCCAGACGAAAAUCCGCACUCACCGUGUGGCACGAGGGAAGAGGAAAUAUAAUAGUGUGCAGAGAGAGAGAGAAAGUUACAAGAUCAGACUUAAGAAGCCUCAAGUGGAGAAUGAUAUUCCAGUGGAUAGAAAAAUAGAAAUUGAUUUAAAAAAAAACAAAACUCAAAAUAAGCUGUUAUUGGGAGAUUGAAGAAUAAAAAUGUAAAUAAUGAAUUAAUUGUGAGAACGCCUUUCAGACAAGAACACUUAUCGAUUCACAAAUGAAUCACAGAUAUUCUGAUAAUAAUAAGAGUACAUUUUUUCUCUAAAACAUAACUGUACUGAUUAUAAAUUGAAGGAAUCAUGAAUGUGCUGGAUGUUGUUUAUCUUAUUUCUUCACGAAAUAACACAUAUAUCAUCUAUUAUAAUUUAUUUAAUUUGAUGUCUGUUUUUAUUAUAGAUUGGUUGAAGCUUCGGCGGGAUCACAGGAUAAUCGGCGAAUUAGUGGGUUCUUUCCCAAAAUUAACUAGACAAGAAAUAUUUUUAGGUCUCCCAUUGCUUUUAUUGCCAGAAGAAGUUACUCUAUUGCUUGAAAAGAAAAUCGCUUGCCUGGUAGAAUGUACGAGCCUAAAGACACAGCCAGAUGAAUCAUUAAGUCAAAGAUUUGUAGAGUACAGAGAUAAACUGUUCCUGGAGCAAGGAAACUGUUUAAAAGACAACAGAAAGAAACAGAUUAUCUCUAUGAUGGACAAGAUUAUAGACGGAAAAAAACGCAAGAUGUUAGGCUUGCAUACAAGCAAAAAGAAUAUGAAGAAACCAUUGGAUAAGAAAAUGCAGGAAGCCUUGGAUAAUAUUGAAAUCGAUACUGAAAGUUUGCUUGAAGAAGAAUUGGCUAAAUUGCCCAAACUAAAAAAAAGUGAUGCACUCGUUCAAAUACAUACAGCAUAUCCAUGGUCUAAUAAAGAUGAUGUAAAAAUAGUAGAAUGGAAAUAUCCGAUUACAUCUGAUCAGCAACUUAAGUAUAAGGUAUAUAAAGAUCUUUGGGAGAGGCAAUAUUAUAUUACCAGUGGAGAGAAAUUUGGUGGUGACUUUCUAGUAUAUCCAGGUGAUCCAAUAAUGUUUCAUUCACAAUAUAUCAUACAAUGUAAACGCGGGGACGAAGAGAUACCUAUCACAGAUGUUGUUGCUCAGUGCAGACUCAGUUGUCAUGUUAGGAAAACAUUGGUGUUUGCUACGUAUCAUGAAGAAGAAGAUGUAGUAAAAUAUCAAUCUUUUCAGUGGACAGAAUGUAGUGCAUUAGAAAACAGCUGAUAUAACAUUAUUUUAUUUAAAAAUAUUUAUAUUUUAU